GUAUACAAUAUAAUCUGUAUCAUGUAUUGUCAUUACAAUAAUCUUUCAAUUCUGUAUCCGUAAAAUAACAUGUAUACUCUAACAAUGAGACUGCUUGUAACAUCGACUUGAUUGACAAACUCGUAGGUACUGAUCUAUUUUACCGUUAGACUGUGAUCAUGAAUAAUUGGAAUCAAAGUACCAUGCGAAAUGACGACCGGAAUGACGAUAAACCACCUUACUCGAGAAUAUUCGUAGUAUGUAAUAAGCAGUUACGGGUAGAAGACUUGAAGCCGGCCUUCGAGGUAUUCGGGCAAAUAGAAGACAUACAUAUGCCCAGAGAUCGUAACACUGGGGAGUCUAAGGGCAUCGCAUACAUUAAGUACACCAAAACAUCAUCUGCAGCCAUGGCAAUUAAGGAGAUGCAUUUGAAAACUAUUCAGAAUAGUAACAAACCUAUACGAGUAAUGGUUGCCACUCAUAAGAAUGACAAUCACAAUACUAAUGAGGACAAGUACAAGCGUCUCUUUAUUAAAGUACAUAAAGAAAUAACUGAGAGUGAGUUGAGACAGCACUUCUCAGCAUUUGGUCAUGUAGAAUCAGUUCACCUUCAGAGAGAUAAACUUACUGAUGAGUGUAGAGGUUUUGCUUAUGUCAAUUACAACACAUUUCUUGAUGCAGCCAGAGCAUUCGAAGAAUGUGAUAGGAAAUACAAAGCUAUAUUUGCAACACCUAAAGAGGAACUAAAACGAAGUAGGAAUAGCAUUGAAAACUUCACUGACAACUUCCACUCUAGCAACUCUAGUAUUAUCAAAGAUAAUUUUAGUGAUCACUACAACCAGGCUAGAGGAGAAAUAGUCAAAAGAGAUAGUUUGACUUCAUUGAUCAGGACCAAGCCCCACAACUGUGACACAGUUAGUGUCACUUGUAGCCCACAAGUGCCACAAAAAUUUAUUGAAAGACUAUUUAACAUUAUACCAGGAAUGACUUCUUGUAAAUACACUUCCGAUUCCUUCAAUGGAUAUUGUAAGGCCAUUAUUUCAUAUGAAGAUGAAAAGUCAGCUGCUCAUGCUGUGGAUAGAUUAAAUAAUUUUGAAUUUCCUUCUGGAGAGAUCAUAUCUGUUAAACCUAAUGAUAAUCCCUUGAGCAAGGCAGCCAAUAAUCUAUCCAGUAUUGUAAACAGCUUCAAAAAUGCUAUUGACUCAGCAAAUCCUGACUUAGUACAGCUUGCUGAGGUUAUUGCUCAAGCAUCAACUUUGAUAAAAGAGGCUACAUCAGGCCCUAGAGAGUUAAAAUUGGAAUCUUCUCAAUCAGAAUUCUGCAGUGUUAGCUUGCCUCCGCCACAACCACUGGCCAACAUCAACAGCAGAGUAGCCCAGAGGUGCUUCCUUGUAUUCAAGCCUCAUCCUCCCCCUGUUUCGAUACUGAAAGAUGCCUUUUGCCGCUUUGGUGAUCUCAUAGAUGUGUCUACUUUCCCUAACAAAACAUUUGGUUUUGCAAAAUAUGCAUCAAUAAGAGCUGCUCAGGAAGCCAUCAAGACACUCCAUGGGGCCACUUUGGGCGACAUUAGGCUGAAAGUAUUAGAGGCCGAUGAGAGACCGUCUAAAGAAGAUAAGAUCAAUGCUGAUGAUGAGAAUGGGAUAGACCAAUACACUGACCGUAAGAGAAUGAAAUUACAAGACUCCAGCUCAAGCUGAUGACAAGACACAAAUUAUAAG